CACACACCCUCUUCUCAGCCUUCAGUCUGGUUGAGGCAUGCAGGAGGCAGCAUGUGUCAGUAUGCGCUGUAGUGUGUAUGUGUGUGUGUGUAUAUGUGUGAGUGUUGAGUUGUACUGGAGUCUGGGAGAUAUCUGACUGAUGCAAGGAUUCCCCUGUUCACUCUCACAGAGGACACAUGCUGACUGUCUUUUAAUCACCGCACGGAAUUAACUAUUAACUACCACACACUCAGGAAACACCGGGAAUACGUUCAAGUAAACAAACAGUUGCAGAGCCAGCUGACACCACUGUUUGAGGAUUUGCAGAGCACCAUGUGGUCUGUGAAAGAUGACACUGCGCUGAUGUGAGGAUGCAGCUGUGGAACUACAGUUAAAUCAUGGGAAACGUGGAGAGUCAAAAUGGGGACAGUGGUUUCUACGGUGAUGUGACGGGACAUCUUUCCCGUAAACACACAUCCCGCUCACUUCGCCUCUCUACCAAACAGCCGAUCACCCGUCGUUCCAGGCACUCGUCCUCUGUGAAACAGGAACACAGGAACUCUGAAGCCUCAACUCGCUCCUCAAGCACUCCUAGUAUCCCACAAUCCUUGGCAGAAAACGGACUUGAGCCUUUUGAUGCAACUGAUGCAUUUGGAGAGUUUGGAAUCAAUCCUCAUUGGACACAACGCGUUGCUAUGACAAUGAGGCCAGAGUCCUAUCAGCAUGAUGACGACCCUUUGGCCACACCAACUCCUGAAACCUCAGAAGCAGACACCGUCGCCCCAGAUGGAGGAGAGGACUCUAUGGGGGAAGGGGAGGGAGAUAUUGUUGGGGAGGAAAGGUACCUGCUGCGGAUGACUGAAGGCCCUCAGGACGGGAGCAGUUUUAAAAAGAAGAGGUCGAAGUCAGCAGACAUGUGGAGAGACGACAGCUUGGAGUUUUCUCUGUCAGACUUGAGCCAGGAGCAUCUGACCAGCACAGAAGAGAUGAUAGAUGGAGGGGAAGAAGAGGAGGAUGAGCAGUUCCCACACCCCAGAGGUAGUUCCGGCUCAGCUGAAAGGGCAUCAUCUCUGGACCAUCUGUGCAGCCAACAGAGUUCAGGCCUCAGGGGGCAGCGGAACCGCUACGCUAAAAACCGGAGAGAACCUGAGUGUGAUGGUGAUGAGGAAGGAGAGGGGGGGUUGAUGUCUCCUACAGAGGAAGAGGGUGGCGGGUACGGAGCGUUCACACUCCCCUGCCGACGCUCCCACUGCCUGUCUGAAGGCUUAGCAGGACUCGGCAUCCCAGCAACACCAUGCCCAGCUUUUCAAGGACGCCGUGCGCAAACCACACAAGACAUCUCAGGUGUUUUGGGAGAAGGAAGUGAAUACGGGGACAGUGGUAUUGAUGGCGUAACAGCAGAGAUAGAUGGAGAUGGAGAGUUGGUGUCACGUCGCUGCAAGGCCAUGUCAGCCUCCUUCUCCGUGUACUCAGCCACUGAGAGCAGUGUUUUCAACGGUAGUGACAGUGGAAGCAGCAGCGCAGGAGGGGGAGAAGGAAGAGGCACUGAAGGAGGACGGGGUGGGGUAUAUGAAAAUUUCCGUAAAGAACUGGACAAUCAAGCCUGGACACAUCAGGGAAGGGACUUCAUAGAGGAGGCUGGUUCAGCUGUGAGUGAUGAGCAGAGCAGUGGAACGCUGACUAGCGCCUAUCCAUCGGACGCUCUGAUUGGCUCUGCUCAAGGCACAGUGAGGAAAGCAGGUGCACUGGCUGUGAAAAACUUCUUGGUUCAUAAGAAAAAUAAAAAGGUGGAGCCUGCCACGAGGCGCAAGUGGAAACACUACUGGGUCUCUCUGAAAGGCUGCACGCUUUUCCUGUAUGAGACAGAUGGGCGUUCAGGGAUUGACCAUAACAGCACUCCUAAACAUGCGCUGUGGGUGGAGAACAGCAUUGUCCAGGCUGUGCCUGAACAUCCAAAGAAGGAUUUUGUUUUCUGUCUCAGUAACUCAAUCGGAGAUGCUUUCCUCUUUCAGACAUCAGGCCAGACUGAACUCGAGAACUGGAUCACUGCAAUCCACUCUGCAUGUGCAACAGCUCUCGCUCGACAGCACCACAGGGAAGACACUGUUCGACUGCUGCGAACUGAGAUCCGCAAGCUGGAGCAGAAAAUUGACAUGGAUGAGAAGAUGAAGAAGAUGGGAGACAUGCAGUUGUCCACUGUCACUGAUGCUAAGAAGAGGAAGGCCAUACUGGAGCAGAUCUUCUUGUGGGAGCAGAAUUUGGAACGGUUUCACAUGGAUCUUUUCCGCUGUCGGUGCUACCUGGCCAGCCUGCAGGGUAGUGAGCCCCCAAACCCCAAACGGCUGCUGGGUUUUGCUUCGCGUCCCACUAAGCUAGCAAUGGGAAGACUGGGCAUCUUCUCUGUCUCCUCUUUCCAUGCACUGGUGUCAGCUCGUACAGAAAGCAGCAUCAGGAGGCGGAACCAAGCGAUGCCCCGCACGUCCAGUAAACGCCGGAGCCGUUUCUCCUCCCUCUGGGGCCUGGACACCACCUCCAAGAGAAAAACCAAAGGACACCCCUCCAUAAACCAGGUGUUUGUUGAUGGGAUGGAGCCUGCGCGAAAACCACUGGAGCGCAUGUUUGAGGACUCCGCAAGUGAGAAAUCGAGGGAGAGAGAAGGCUCAGUGAAGAGUGUUCCUCAGCAAAACAUAGACAGUGACAUAUGGGUUCCUGACUACCUGACUCCAUCCUGGGUGUGUCUCCCUAACAACCAACCUGUUCUGGUUAUCGUACGUCCCGGUGAGACAGCACUGGAGGUUCUUAGCACCGUCUGCAAGACCCAUAAGAUAGACCCGUCCUACCAUUACCUGCAGUUGAAGGUUUGGGUAGACAACCAAAUACUCAUCUACAUUCCUAAAGUUGAGGAGGAAAUCUCUGAUGUGCUCUACAAAGAGAUUGAAAUUUGUCCAAAGCCUACAAAGAUGAUCCGGUUUGACAAAGAUGAAUCCUGCACCACUGGAUACGGUUUCUCUGUGUCUGUUAUUGAUGAGGAUGGAACACAGCAGCUCCAUAUCACUGAAUUAAAACCAGAUGGACUGGCCUCAGUUAAAGGUUUGAGAGUAGGAGAUGAGAUCCUGUUUGUGAAUAGUAAACCUGCAUCAGCACUCCAAAUGGAAGACAUGAGGGCUGCAUUUGUAAAUCAAGCAUUGACCUUGAGUGUCAGCACCCUCCCUCAGCUGGACCCCCGGGUGUUGUGCUCCCUUCCUCCACGCCGGUCAUAUGGGGAACAGGACCCAGCCACUGACAUUUUCUCCCAGAACCAAGAGGACAUCCUGGAUGAUGUGUCAGGGUUGACAGUAGAGAGUCCAAAUGAAACUGCAGAGGAAGGACCUCAACUGACAGCACAGAGCCCUGCAGAUCCAGAGGAUAAAACCUGCACAGGGGUGGGACAGAAGAGCACAGAGCAGGUCACUGCUUUCUGUCUCCAUGACAUGAAUCCCCUCGAGUGCCCGGUGACGUCUUCGUCAUCCUCGUCUUCAUCAUCCCUAUCCCCCAGCCCUGUGUCAGCCUUACCGCCCACAGUAGGUGCUGCUACCCAGAGACAGCUCUCCCACGCAGACAAACUCCGCAAGGUCAUCAAUGAACUGGUGGAAACAGAGAAGACUUAUGUCAAAGACCUGAACUGCUUAAUAGAGUGCUAUUUAACACCCUUACAGAAAGAGAGCAUCCUUACGCAAGAUGAGCUGGAUGUUUUGUUCGGUAACCUCGGUGAGAUGGUGGAGUUCCAAGUGGAAUUUCUACAGACGCUGGAGGAUGGAAUCAGACUGGUGCCAGAUUUGGACAGGCUGGAAAGGGUCGAGCAAUUUAAGAAAGUGUUGUUUUCCUUGGGAGGAUCUUUCUUAUAUUAUGCUGAUCGCUUCAAGAUCUACAGCGCCUUCUGUGCCAGUCACACCAAGGUCCCAAAGGUGCUUGCAAAAGCAAAAACAGAUCCAGAUUUCAAAGCUUUCCUGGCCGAGAGAAACCCCAGACAACAACAUUCCUCCACCCUUGAGUCGUACUUAAUCAAACCCAUCCAGAGGGUCCUGAAGUAUCCGCUGCUGCUGAGGGAGCUUUAUUCUCUGACCGAUCCUGACAGCGAGGAACACUACCACUUGGAUGUUGCAAUGAAGGCCAUGAACAAAGUGGCGAGUCACAUCAAUGAGAUGCAAAAGCUUCAUGAGGAAUAUGGGGCUGUUUUUGACCAACUCAUCAAUGAACAGACGGCAGAUAAGAAAGAGGUGCUUGACCUGUCAAUGGGGGAUCUUCUGCUACAUUCCACUGUGGUAUGGAUCAACCCACCAGCCUCUUUGGUCAAGAGCAAAAAGGAUCCAGAUUUGGCUGCAUUUGUGUUCAAAACAGCAGUUGUCUUUGUGUACAGAGACUGCUCCAAGCAUAGGAAAAAAAUCGGUGGAUCUCACCGUGCAUCAGUGAGCGACGACAAAGAUCCUUUUCGUUUCCGUCAUAUGAUUGCUACUGACUCUCUGCAAAUCCGUGCCCUUGCAAACUCUGAGGGCACGGCAGUGUGUGAAAUAGUUCACACGAAGUCUGAAUCUGAAGGAAGACCAGAGAGGACCUUCCAACUGUGCUUCAGUUCUCCAGAGAGCAAGAAGGACUUCCUGAAAGCUGUUCACUCCAUCCUCAGGGAAAAGCAGCGUCGGCAGUUGCUUAAAACUGAGUCUCUGCCGCCCAACCAGCAGUACGUCCCAUUUGGGGGUAAACGCCUGUGUGCCCUCAAAGGAGCCCGGCCUGCCAUGAACAGAGCAGCGUCAACUCCAUCUCGAACUCUGGGCCGCAGGAAGCUCGUGAGGAAUCGCUUCACCAUUGAUACUGACCUGGUUUUCCAUGGCAACAACAACAGUCAUGAAUCAGAUCCGUCCUACGCUUCCCUCUACUCAACUAUAUCCCAGAAUGCCGUUCCUCAGUCCCUCAAACCUCAAGCCGAAGACACAGAUCGUUGGGUGGAGGAACAGUUUGACUUGGGUUGCUAUGAAGAGCAGGGGGAGGGAAUUGUGGGGCAGGUCAAGGAGACGGACAUUUUGAGCGACGAUGACGAGUAUUGCAAAUCUGUCAGAGCUGGGUCUGCAGAACCCACCAACUUGGAGGAUAAGAUGGAUGGACUCGAUCUGCAGGGCACACAGAUGAAGCGUCACAACCUUAAUGGAGGUGUAGAAACUGGAGGUGAGAUCGUUCGGGGUGUGACGCAAGAACAGGAAGUGGGUCAAAUGAAGCUGAGCGGGGCUUUGGACUCAGUGGACUCCAUCAGUACUUGUGGUGUAGGUUUGUCCUGCUCUGCAAACCCUACUCUAAAGCUUGCCCCGCUGAAGCAGUGUGCAGCAGAAGGGGCUACAAACAAUGACCGUAAUGUCAUCUGGGUGAGGCGGGAUGACUUUGCUAACGGGUGCAACAGUGACGUCUUCUGAAACGCUAAACCAGAAGAUGGAGAAAGAACAGAAAUGGUGGUUUCUAACACUCAUUAGGAGUGCAAGAAAAUGGGAAAGAGUUCAGACACAAGCUUUAAAAAGUAGGAUUUGGAGGAGAACAUGUGUAUAGAUGGUGUUAAACCUCUGCUAGUCCUCCCUGUAUCUCUACUCAACCUUUUCCUUCCCGCUUCACCUGCAUCAUCCCUGACCUGACAAUCCCUAAACAUCAGUGAGCAGGGAAAAGGGAACCAUCCAGCUUCAUCUGGAGUUUGUGUUGGGACCUUUUCAGAGCUUUGUCUUAGGCCGCCUUAAAUGGACAUGACUGAAGACAUCCCUCCUUGUUCUCGACACACACACCCAGGCGCUAUACUUCGAAGCAGAAUCGUAUGUGAUCGUAUGAACAACAGCUGCACUGCAUGCUCACUUAAAAUCAACAGGCGUGUUUGUAUACUGCAUAUAGUACACUGAAACACAGGCACAGAAACAUAGGCAGCUACUGUACUGUGCACGCAUAAUACUGAAGAGACUUCAUCACUGAGCUGUGAUUCUUUGGCCAAAAAUGUCUAUUUUUCAACACAGGAAUGUGGGUGUUAUAUUUUUCUGACUCAAAAAAAAAAAAAAAACUGUUUGUAUUUUAACACUCAAGGGCUGCGUGUUACUGAAUUUCUCUUCAGGGGCUUUUGGCUUAACGACUGCUGUGUAAAAGAUGGUGAAAUCCAACUAGCUUUAUCGUGCUUUAAUUGUGUUAAUUUAAUAUCAGCUGCACAUUAAGUGUGUAUAGUCAGGAGUACAAUAGAGUGCCAUUAACCUUGUGUACAAAAAUAUUCUGAAGCUCACUUUUUUGUCUUAUAGAAUAUCCUUUUAAAAUAUAGUUUGGACAACAGAUAGCCUACCUAUUCUUUAUUUAAUUAUUGGCUUUUUACUGUAAUUUUUACAAUUAUACAAUGAGCUACCCAGUGUUACAAACAACCCUUUGUGUAUUUGGUGCCAGAACCAGGCUUAAGAAAGCCAGUGUUUGUGCCCUUCUCAUGAAUGUCUUGUCUCCUGUUUUUUGUGUUUAUUUUAGCCACACAGAGUAAAAUAUGACUUCUCUUCGAUACUAUUAAUAUACUGGACUCAACCUGCUCUUUAUUCUUGCUAAAUGGCUUCAUAUUACCCAUUACAAUCCUGUUUUACUUGAAUUUUCUGUGUUGUUUUAAAGAUUUUAAACAGAGCCAUGUUAGUGACUGUACUGUAGCUCCAAAACCAACCAUGCAGUAAACUUGUCCCUUCCC